AUGAUAGUUUUCAUCGCGUUUCUGAUAUUGCGAACUGUUGAUUCAUGUACUCCAACAUUCUCAACACCAUUGAUUCCUCCACCAGCUGCUCAACCGAUCAACUUGUUAUCAAAUCCACAAUUACCUCCUAUUGCAUUCCAAGUUGACGAGCCAAUUCCACAGUCUCGUGAUUAUUCAGAUGAACCCGUGGAUAUACAAAGGGACAGCAUAAUACCACUUCACACUGAAAAGCUGAAACAACGCUUCUCUCUUUUUGAUAUGUUCCGCCCAUUAGCUCUACCUGCUACUACUCCACCGAUACUUAUCACAGAGAAACUGACGGAUACUGUAUCACUGAAUAUAACUUUCUCUCCACCAGUUCAUUGGACCUUCUGCAUACCGAGUUGUGGAGUGAAUGAUCAAGCAGUCGAUGUGGAUGAUGCAUAUGAAAAAGCAAAAGAUGACGUUCUCGAAGCAGUGCAAUCUUCCUGCUCCAAUGCUGGCGUCAAAUGUAAAAUGGAGAGUGUAGAGCUUCAAUAUUAUCCAGAAUCUGUUCUUAUCGAAGACUUUGGGCCAUACUUCGACUUGAGCGGAAACAGAUAUAAGAUUAGCGGCAAAACUGUUCCAUACAAAAUAAAUAACCUUAAUCCUGGAAUCAUUAAAAACUUCGUCCUUCCGAUGAAGAUAAAUUUCAAACUAACGUCGCCUGUCCCGGAGGCAACUACCAAAAACUUGAAACAAAAGGUCAUCGACUAUCUCGCCGCUCGCAAGUUCCUUCACAUUUCUUCAGAAUCUUCCUAA